CAUCUUACGUUGCAUAGCUAAUCGCGUCACCUUCCCUGGUACUUCUGGCUUCCUAGAAAUACUGAACUAGAGCUGGACAUCUAUGGACAACAUCGUUUAUGUCCAGAUAUUUUAGACCAGAGUCUGUCCUCUUCAAGUGAAGCUUGAAUCUUUGGUAUUCGAAAUGAAGGCGCUGACCCUGCAGCAGGUGAAUGCGGCUUCAGGAAGUCAGACCUCCAACUACUGCCCCCCUUGUUUGGAGAAUAAAAUUUUAUCCCAGGUGUCAACGAUGACAUCCGGGUCGUCGCUGUUUCAUCCUUCUUCCCUUCCAUCUCUUCAGCCAACCAGCCUGUCCUCCACCUCUUCUUCUUCUCUGCUCUCCUCCUCUUCCUCCACCAGUUCUCCUCUCCUCAGCACCCAGAACAAACUCCUCUCCUCCGGGACUCAGAGUCGUACCUCCUCCUUCACCUCCACUGUCGCCUCCAACGCUCUGGUUUCCUCACCGCUGACCGGGGAUUCUCUGCUGAACCGCUUCGCUGAUCCUCCUUCAUUCCUGAAGCAAGAUGGAGAAAAGAAAAAUUAUGCAGAAGAAGAAAAAGAGGAAAUAUCAGAAGAAAUGCAGUCGUCUUUUGAAGAAACAAGUGUGCAGCUGGAUGAAGACAUCAUGUUGUCUGAGGAGGAAAACGAUGAAGAGGUCGCCAUGGAGACGCCAGUCGUAGAAAUGGACAUAAUCAACCAGAAACCUGAUGACUCCGUCGCCGUCAGACAGGAAGAGUUUCCAGAACUGGACAGAGGAAAUAAAAGCACUUUAGAAAAGCUGGAAGAUAAAAAGUACCUCCUGCUGAACGCCGUCUGCUGCUCUCUGGUCAAUAAGAGCAAACCGCCAGGCCAGGCGGGCUGGAACUCGGAGGACAGCGUUUGGACCAAAAUCACUCAGCUGGCCAAAGACGUUUCUGACCGAGACCCAGAGUUCCUUCUUAAGGUUGCUGUUUACACCAGACAAGAAUUAAACAUCAGGAUCACCACAAACUUUUUAUUGGCUCUGGCUGCCAAUCUGGCCCCCACCAAGCCGCACGUCCGCAGAUAUUUCUGCGCUGCCGUGCAGCUGCCCUCCGAUUGGCUGGAAAUAGUCAGAAUCUAUUCUACAUGCUUCACCCAGUGCCUUCCGACGUGUCUGAAGAAAGGGAUGGUCGACAAGUUCAAGCAGUUCAGCGAGUACCAGCUGGCCAAGUACAACACGCGCAAACACCGCUGCAAACACAGCCGGAAGAAACCGAAAGGAAAGGAACCAUCCAAAUCAGAGCUCGAACGAUGGGCCAAAUUUCUCAAAUCUGAUCCAGAAAUUCUGAAGAAGUUCUUCCAGUUGAAGGGCAGCAGAGAGGUGGUGGACAAAAAACAGAGCGAGUUCAGCAUAAAGAAGCUGAUCAAGAAGCUUCACAUUAAAGAACCUGCUGAAUUUGUUAUGGCCAUCCUGGGGAAAAAGUACCCCGGCGAUGCGAAGGCGUUCAGGCGCAGUGGAAUAAAAGGCGUGUGGGAGCCGGACAGAGCCGGGCAGCGCAUGAAGCUCAAAGAACCGCAGACGUGGGAACGGCUGAUCAGUCUGGAGGGCAACAAGGCCGCUACCUGGCAGAAGCUCAUAGACAGCGGAUCUCUGCCGUUCAUGGCCAUGUUGAGGAACCUGAGGAACAUGAUCACUAAAGGAAUCAGUGAGGCUCAUCACAAAAAGAUCCUCCGCAGGCUGACCAAUCAGAAAGCAGUCAUUCAGAGCCGCCAGUUUCCUUUCAGAUUCCUCGCUGCUUACAAAGUUAUCUUGGAGCUUCGUGCUUUAGCCUCUGCCUCCCAGAAAGCGAUCCCACCUGCCAAAGAAAUCCUGUUGAGCAUCCUAAAGAAAGUUCCCAAGAGGCCGCGCUCCCGCCACGACUGGCAGAAGUGUAAGAAGAGGACGAUGAAGCUGACGCUCGGCGUGCCGUUCAUCUAUCGACUGUACAAGAACAAGAAGGCCCAGCUUCUAAAAGCCUAUCAGAGGCUUUACAGCGUCGACCUGUUGGACCGCUACCGCAAAGCUCUGGAGACGGCCGUCCAGAUCUCCUGCAACUACAACGUGCCGCCGCUACCCGGCAACACCAUCCUCUUCGUCACUGCCCAUUCAUGGAACGACGAGUCCUGGAGCAGGAAGCAGGACUUCUGCAUCCCGCCGGACCCAGAGGAACUGGACAAGGUGGAGGAAGAAGAAGAAGAAGAAGAAGAAAAAGAAGAAGAAGAAAAAGAAGAUGAUGGCAGGAGGAAGCGUAGGAGAAAAGAGGAAGAGCAUGACCCUCUCACUCCGACUAUGAUAGAGGUGUCGGCUCUGCUCGCUCUGAUGAUCAAGAACAGAUCGGAAAACUGCCGGCUCUUCAGGACCUGUAACAGCGGCUACAACGAAGUGGAGCUGCGAUCCGACGUCCUGCUGGAAAACGCCCGACGUUUGGCCAAAGAAAUGGAGGAAUCGACCAAUCAUCAAGGAGACAUCGAUACCAGCUUUCUCUACAAGCUGUUAACCAAGAAAAACAAGGUGGAUAACAUCAUCACAAUCGCACACAGUUGGCUGGAUAAUGAACUUGUUUGGGCUAUCAAGAACUACAAAACCAAGAACAAAAAAGCUCUCAGUGUCAAUAUCUUCAUAUCUGAUAGCCAUGUUGGACUCCCAGAGGAACCUCAUGACAGGAACCAUGUGGUGCUGAGGGGCUUCAGUGAGCAAAUCCUGAGAUUCGUGGCAGAGCGAGGAUCUUCCAGGCUGCUGGAUCACGUGGAGCAUUUAGACAAACUGUACAACAUCCCACCACCAGAUGGAGCCAAAGGACCACAGACUUCAAACGUUGUUUCAGUGCCAGCCGCCCCAAAGCUAAGAUGGAGAGGAGUCCGAGUGUUCAUCUCCUCCACCUUCAGAGACAUGCACGCCGAACGGGACGUCCUGGUGCGCAGCGUCUUCCCCGAGCUCCGCCGCCGCGCCGCCGCCCACUGCCUCCACCUGCAGGAGGUGGAGCUUCGCUGGGGCGUGACGGAGGAGGAGUCGGAGCGGGCCACGGCGCUGUGUCUGUCGGAGGUGUGCCGCAGCCAGAUGCUGGUGGCGAUCCUCGGGGAGAGGUACGGCCAGGUUCCCCCCAGACCCGACCUUCCAGACCUGCCGCAGUACAGCUGGCUGGCUUCUGCUCCAGCCGGUCUCUCCAUCACAGAGAUGGAGAUCCGUCAGUUCCAGGCUCUUUAUCCCGGCGUCGCUCAGCAGAGGAUGUUCUGCUACUUCAGAGAUCCAAGCAUCAUCAAAUCAGUUCCAGUGGCUUGGAGAUCCGAUUUUGCUGCCGAAUCAAAAGAUGCUGAGGCGAAACUUUCUUCUCUGAAGAAAAGACUCCUGGAUGACGGAGUUAAAGCCACUGAAAAUUACUCAUGUAUGUGGGGCGGCGUUGUGGACGGGAAGCCAUACGUGAAAAAGCUGGAGGACUUUGGGAAAGCUGUGCUGGAAGACCUGUGGUUGGCUGUUCAGAAGCUGUUUGUUGAGGAGGAUGUGGAGGCAGAUUCUGCUUUGGAGGUUUCUGAGCAGGAGGUCCACCAGGGGGCGCUGCAGAGGCAGUUCUUCGGCAGGACAAAGCUGCUGUCAAAUGCUGUGCAGACGGUGGAGCGGGUCCAAAACAAGGGAGGAAUGGUGGUGAUAGAAGGAGGACCUGGAGAGGGGAAAACUGUCUUCAUGGCUGCUCUAGCAGAUUCCCUCCGAACUGGACUGAAAUCUAAAACGAACCUCCGCUGCGACGUCAUCUCUUACUCCACAGCUGCCAGCCAGUCGGCGCGCUGCGUGGAAAACCUCCUUCGAUGCCUCGCUGUGUGGCUCAGAAACGAUAAACACUCAGAGGAGGAAUCGCCUCUUCCUCACCUGUACAAGGACUUGCUGUCGGAGUUUCACUCUACUCUGAGUGAAAGGAAGAAGAAGAAACCUCUGGUGGUUCUGGUCGAUGGAGUGGAUCUGGUCCAGGAUGGCAAAGGACAGUUUAGCUCUGACUGGAUCCCACAGCUGCUUCCUCAAGGUGUCUGCUUAGUGCUGAGCGUCGCGUCCAGUUCACCUCUGCUCCAAACUUUAGCCAAGAAAAAAGGAGCAGAGCUGUUUCCCCUGGGGCAGCUCAGCUUGCCGGAUAAGAGGGAGAUUGUUCAGAAAGAGCUGGAUGUUUUCGGGAAGAAGCUCAGUGACUCUGCAUUUAACAACCAGCUCCAGACGUUAAUAACAAAGAAAGGAGCUGCGAGUCCGCUCUACCUGCACCUGGCCUGUGAAGACCUGAAGAACUUUGCCUCCUUUGAAAAGCUGAAGGAAACUCUGCAGGGUUUGCCUCAGUCUCUGAGUCUGCUGAUCCAGUCCAGCCUGGAGAGACUCUGCAACCAGUGCAGAGACGUACCUGGACUCCGUCUGAGCCUCGCAGCUCUCACUGUCAGCAAAAACGGUUUAAAGGAGAGAGACCUGUUCUCUGUGCUGAACACGUGUAACAGCCUGUCUUCACCGGACGGCCAGGUCUCAUGGGAGGAAGUGCUGCAGCGCUCCAGGAAGCCUACAGGACGGGUUCCCAUGGCAGUUUUCACCCGCAUUGUGCAGAAUUUACAAAGCCUGACCGGUCCGUCUCAUUGCCAAAACACCGACGACGUUUUGGCUCUAAGCAACCCGGAGGUGAAAAGAGGCUUUGAGGGAUUUUUUCUCCCAACAGAAACAGAAAGAUACAGAGCUCACUUCGUUCUGGCAGGUUAUCUGUGGGCGACGGCUGACCCUGAGGGAAACGACACUUUCCUUCACUCUGAGGCCGACACACUCAUGCAUCUGCCAUCAAGCUUGAUUCAGAUUGGACAGCAGAGGGCUCUUGAUUCCCUUCUCUCCAAUUAUUAUUUCCUGCAUGCGAACGUGAGCCACGGCCUCCUUCACCACCUGCUGGAGACGUACGACUUGCACGAUAAGCAGCCCAAAAAUACACCUCACUCUGACCUGGAUGAACAUCUGGACGACUGUCGUGGUUUCCUUAGGCGCCACACCUCAACGCUCUCCCCAUGGCCGGCGCUUUUCGUCCAGCAGGCGCUUAACGAGCCUCUGGAAACAUCAGCUCACAUCUGGGCUGCAGGCCUGCAGGGGAGACGGGGAGUCCGGGUGAUCGAGUGUCUGAACAGCAGCGAAGGCAGCGCUCCAGAGAUGAGUGCGCUGGUGUCAACCUUCUCCUCCGAACCAACCUGUGUGGUUCUGAGUCCGGACAAACAGCUGGUUGUGGUUGGUACCGGACAAGGAACGCUGCACUUUGUCAACACACAGACUGGACAGGAAGUGAAGUCGCUGGUGAGCAGCUGCGACGGCGUCUCCAGCUGUGUCUUCCUGAACGACGCGUGGCUCGUUUCCACUUCCUUCGACGGGAGACUGGAGGUGUGGGACGUCCAGAACGGAUGCAGGACGGCUCUGGUUGACGGCCACACUAACACGAUAACGGCGAGUGACAUCACACCGGACAGGAAACACCUCGCCACUGUGUCCCUUGACCUCACGCUGAAAGUUUGGUCUUCUGCUAAAGCUAACGAAGUGGCCUCUCUGCCCAGCACCAGCCCCUUCAACUGUGUGACCUUUGACCCCGAGGGUCACCUGCUGGCUGCGGGUUGCUGGAAUGGAAACGUUAUCGUGUGGAAUUGGCUGCAGAAUAAAAUAGAAACUUCGCUGCGCGGUCACCGGCGGUCGGUGCGCAGCCUCUGCUUCUCGCCGUCCUCCUCCUCCAUGCUCUGCUCCGGCUGCGUGUCCGGCCAGGUGAGGCUCUGGUCGGUGUCCACCUCCACCUGCGUGGGCGUCUUCCAGGCUCACAGCGGCGCCGCGGAGACGCUCGCCUUCCUGGAGGACGGCGCCAUGCUGCUGAGCGCCGGCUCCGAUCACGCGCUCCACCUCUGGUCAGGAGGACUUGGCCGCUCAGUCAUUGCUUUAAAAAGUGAUGAAAGUGAGUUGGAGCCUCCUCAGAAGAAGCCUAGAUGUGUAACAUCGGAUCCAGCCGCGCUCUGCGUGGCGGUGAGCGGCGACUACGCUGCUGUGGGUUACCAUGGUGAUGGCAUCAAACUCUUCAGGACCGAUUCAGGUGAAAAGAUUUGGGCCUCCACGGAUCUCGGGGUGUCCGUGAACUGCCUGCUGUGGGUUCCUGAGGACCCGGAGCAGAGCGGGCCGGAGCUGCUGGUUUCUGGAGGAAGCGACAAACAUUUGAGGCUGUGGAGGAAAAACGAAGGAGAGGAGGGAGUUAUUGAAGGGCUGAAACAGCUGAGGACGAUCGGGAUGCAAACCGGCAGCAUCCUGGUGAUGAGGCAGAACUCCACGGUUCUGGCUUCAGCUUCAGAUGAUUUCAGCAUCGCGCUGACGCCUCUGAAGGAUCUGACCGACGCCUCCACGCCGAAGCCGAAGGCUUUGCUGCGCGGCCACCAGGGAGGAAUCACCUGCCUGGCGUUCAGUCCUGACGGGUCGCGGCUGCUGUCAGGUGGAAAAGAUCAGGCUUUGAUGGUUUGGAGCGCCGACCCAAAUCAAGGAGCUCUGCUGAAAUUGUUCCCCAACGCUCACAGAGACUGGAUCACCGGCUGCGCCUGGACUCCCGACUGCGCUAUAAGCUCAUCAAAUGACGGGAGGCUUUGUUUUUGGGACCUGGAAGUCGGUUCGCAUCUCAAAGAAAUCUCCUGGAGGAAUCCGCUCACCUCCGUCUGCUGCCUGGGUCGGCAUGUGAUCGCUGGCUCUUCGGAGGGGGCGCUGCAUGUUUGGGAUUGGGAGAAAAACACUGAAAUCUGCCACAUUUCUGCCCACAAGCAGCGCAUAAACCACUGCUCUCUGCUCCCAAACGCUGACAAGGAGAAGGAAACGGAACCAGAAGAGCUGACUGUUUUCACCGCUUCAGACGACGGCACAGUGCAGCUCUGGAAACCUCUGCAGGUUGAACACUUCAGCACCUUCCUGGGUCACAGCGGUGCCGUUCACGGCGUCGCCCAGAAAGGAAAAGUCCCAGAAUUCCUCACUGUGUCUGAAGACGGUUCCCUGAGAUGCUGGGCCUGGAGAACUGACACUUCUGCGUACCGGAAAGGCCCCAUCUCGGCGCUGUGCUUCUCUCAGACUGCCGACUUUAUGCUUGCUGGCUACGAGUCCGGUCUGCUGGAGCUGUGGAAGCAGAACUCAGUGGUUGACCACAAGCAGGCGUCGGACGGCCCGAUCGCGGCUGCCUGUUGGAUGCCUGAUGACCAGUUCGCCGUCUCCUACAUGAACAUCAUGGUUGUUGAUGUGUGGAAGCUGGUGUGGAACCAACAACACACCAAAGUCAGCCUGGUGAAGGUGAGGAGCUACAAAGUGAGAAACCCGAUGGUUCGCCUGUUUUACUGCUCGCUGCUGAUGGGCGUCACCUACCUGGGGAUGCUUUGCGACGUGGCCAAAGACGAAGGCGACACGUGGAACCACCAAAACUCAAACUGGAUUCAAAGCGUCGAUAUUCUGAGCGUUGUUCGUAACGAUGAGAAAAGUGUGUGGCUGACUGGAAGAGGCGACGGAGAAAUUCAUCUGGGCUUUUUUUUCGGUUUGGGCCCAGAAACUACUGUAUACUCAUGUUUUAGCUCUAUGAGCAUGAAGUUCAGCAACAGGAAGAAAGAGGAGGUAGAAAAAGAGGAUAAAGAAGAGGAGGAGGUGGAGGAAGAGAAGAAAGAAGAGCAGCAAAAGGGAAGCCUGAUAACCGCCAUGACUGUGGAUAAAGAGUUUGUGGUGUGUGGAGAUGAUGAAGGAAACAUGUGGUUCAAUCAGGGUCCGGAUGUUUCCUCCUGGAGUGACAGAAAACCUGCCCAUCUGGACAGGAUCACUCACCUGAAACUCACCGACAGCGUCAUCAUCUCGGCCUCCUACGACCGAACGCUGAAGCUUUGGGACAGAAACACCAAAAAACAGGUGGGAAUGUUUGUGUGUGGGGGCCCGGUUCUGUUUUUGGAGCUGAAUCCAGGAAAUCCCAGUGAGCUGGUCUGUGCUGACGGACGGGGGAAGAUUUAUUUCCUCUCUUGGAAAGAUUAAACCUCCGAAUAAAUCUGCUAAUAAGGCUGGGCGAUUAAUCAAGCUUAUUGAUUAUUAGAAUUUUUUAUUUUAGGAGAUUUAAUUUCUGCACAAUCUGGAUUUUUUUCCCCACCAUGGCUCAAAGUGAUGUCACCAUGCCCUCUUCGACAAAAUAUUAGGGCCACGCUACGUUUUUUUAAAAUUAGUUAAUUAUGAGAAUAAAGUCCUAAUAUGACAAGAAUACAGUCGUAUGAAUAUGAGAAUGAAGUUGUACUAUAAUAAAGUGGAAGCGUUAAUGUUACCAGAAUAAAGUCGAAAUUAUUAUGACAACUAAUACAUAAAAAAGGGAUUAAAUGAAGAAUGUUGAGCAUCUUGUGAAUUUAUACUUUGGUUUCAGUUUUACAAAUAAGGAAAUACUUUAUGUUUUAAUAUAGUAGCAUCAAAUUUUUCAGCAGGUUUUUGAGCAGAUUGUGCAAACACAAACUGAGUUUAUUUUGAAGAAGAAACACAAACUGAGCUGCUCAUGUUGGAUCUUGAUGCUUCUUUUCAUUAAAAUAACUUUUUUUUGUUGUAAUAUACAUUUUUUUUUCCUGAUAAAAUUGUAUUUAUUCUGUUUUAUUAUGACUAUUUUUGUAGCUAAAGAAAAUUAAACCCAUAGCCUGGCCCUAAUACUCUGUCGUACAACGCACAGAAGGAAUAAUUUAAAUGGAAAAAACACUUUUUAAAGUGUUUUCUAUCAUUUAUAGUUUCAUUUUUAGAAAAGAAAUAAAACAAAAGAUUAAAAUUGGAUUUGUUAUGAAAAAAAUUGGAGAUUAUCGCCCAGCCCUUGCUGCUAAAAUUAGACGGUAAUAAAUAACCAGUCUGUUUACCAAAGAUUUGUUUUUGUUUUGCAACGUGUAAUACUUGAAUACUUAUUGCAAAUUAAUAUAACUUCUUAUAUUAUUCUGUGUUUACAAGGCGGGGAAUCUGUUGUGCUUUAUGUUGUGCCUGAUGACAUUUAUUUUAUUUAUCUUCAAUAAAUGGGAAAAAAGAUGUUAAA